GUUUUUUGUUAAUGUGCUAACUUCAGAAACAGGAAGACUCUGCUCCUCUCUUUGUCUCGCUUCUUUUCGCCGGUGGUCGGAACGCGAGGAACAAAAGUCCAGAGGAGGAGGAGGAGGAGGAGGAGAAGAAGAAGAAGAAGAAGAAGAAGAAGACGAAGAAGACGAAGAAGAAGAAGAAGAAGAAGAAGAAGAAGAAGAAGAAGAAGAAGAAGAAGAAGAAGUGACGCUGUCACAGUGAGAGGUGGAGACUCAGCUUCACUGUCCGUGUGUUUCUGUUCGUGCACAGCCACAGAUGGAAGAUGCUAUUGAAAGCUGAGGAUCUUGAAGAAUUGCAUCUGAUCUCCAGGAUGAAUUAUAUUUCCUCCAGCACUGUUUUGUGUCUGUGAUCCAACAAGGUGCAACUCCAUCACUGUGAUCAUGUUCUUGUGAUGAAUCUCCGGCUGCUCUUCCCAUAUCCUGUUCCUUUUGUCCGUGUUUAUUCACAGCCGUCCCUCCUGGUCCCCUUUCUGCUCUUGAAGUUUCUGGACCAUGAUCCGAAGGAAAGGCUCCCUAAUUCUGUGUGGAAUGCUCCUGUUUGUCACCUGGAAUGCCAUACUGGUACUUCUGCUGAGGGGCAGACCCCCACCUGGGCAGUCUGACGUUCCUGGCCAACAGCAUGAGGAAGUGGCGUCAGAGCCGACCAAUGAUGUGGUGAGAGAUGUGCUGCGAAUGGCAGGCACAUUUGAAGCAGAGCUGGAACUGCAGAAACAAAUUCUGAUCCAGAUCCAGAGACAUCAUUCACUGUGGGAGCCAUUAAACAGAAACCACCCACAGGUCAAAGCCCCCCCCGAGCAUGUCAUCCCGGUCCUGGUCAUUGCCUGUAACAGGGUCACUGUGAGGCGCUGCUUAGACAAACUCCUGCAGUACCGUCCUUCAGCAGAACUUCAUCCAAUCAUUGUGAGUCAAGACUGUGGACAUGCUGAGACAGCUGAGGUCAUUCGUUCCUAUGGAAACAAAAUCACUCACCUGAAACAGCCGGAGCUGUCAGACAUUGCUGUGCAGCCAGAGCACAAGAAGUUUCAGGGUUAUUACAAAAUCUCCAGGCAUUACCGCUGGGCUCUCAGCCAGGUUUUCAAGACCCUAUCUCAUUCCUCUGUUGUGGUUGUAGAGGACGACUUGGAGGUGGCGUCAGACUUCUUUGAGUACUUCAGCGCUUUACUGCCACUCCUGAAAUCUGAUCCCAACCUGUGGUGUGUGUCGGCUUGGAAUGAUAAUGGCAGAGAUGGCUAUGUAGAUCCAGGGAAGGCAGAUCUGCUCUACCGGACAGAUUUCUUCCCUGGCCUCGGGUGGAUGAUGCUCAGGGAGUUGUGGGAAGAGCUUGAGCCAAAAUGGCCGCCAUCUUUCUGGGAUGACUGGAUGCGUCAUCCAGAGCAGCGCCGCAACCGUGCCUGUAUUCGCCCAGAAGUCUCUCGGACUUUGACAUUUGGUCGCCAGGGUGUAAGUCUGGGUCAGUUUUAUGACAAGUACCUGCGCUACAUUAAACUGAAUGCUGAACAUGUGCCUUUCACCAAGCUGGACCUGAGUUACUUGAAAGAGGAGACAUACAGAGAAAAGUUUGAAAAGGAAGUUUAUAGUGCACCUGUGGUUUCAUAUGACGCUGUGAAGCAGGGUCAGCUAAAAGGACCUGGACCUUUUCGACUUCAAUACUCAAGUAAGGACAGUUUCAAAAUCCUGGCUAAAAACCUGGGAAUCAUGGAUGACUUGAAGUCUGGAGUCCCAAGAACGGGAUACAGAGGAGUCGUCAGUUUCAUCUCAAAAGGGAGGAGGAUCCACUUGGCUCCUCCUCCAGGAUGGACCCAGUAUGAUAUCACCUGGAGCUAACCCAGGACGACGCCUCUGUGCACUCACCUUUGAGUCAUUUCUGGAGCAUUUCAGACCAAAGAAAUCAUCAAAUCAUCAAAUCAUCAGGUGGAUCAUUUGUCUCCUCUUGUUUUUUUCUUGAUAAAUCCAAAGGGACUGUUGGUCUUUCUGGUGAAGGCAUCAUUGCCAAUGCUUCUCAGGUCUUUUUCAUUUUUCCAGUGUAGGAUACAGGCUAAACACAAACUGCUGUCAUUCACCAGAUGUCUAUUCUUAUAUUAUGCAAAGUGUGCACAUGACAUUCAUUAAUGCAUUCACUGCAGUUACCCACUUGUUGCCACUAAGUUAUUUGCAAUUUGUGAUCGCCUGUGUGAACUUCCUGGUACUGUCUGUUAUAAAGAUGAACUCAUGUGUGGUCACAGCUGCAGUAUAAUUGAUUGUAUGAUCUUUUGUUAGAUUCUCAGAGCUGGAAGUUAAUUGAUUUUAUUUUAUUUUUUUUAAAUGACUCUUCAUUGUUUUCUUAUAUGAAGCUUUUGGAAGCAUUUUGGUGUUGGUAUAUUUUUGGAAUAAAAAAGAGUUUAACCUGA